CUGGCAACAUUGUCCCAUCGAGCGUAUUCCAUAAUAUCGCGACCAUGUGGAAGUUUAGUCGAUGUUUACUUCGGACAUUUAACAGGACUCGAUUUUAUUGUAGAUAUCCUAUUAAAGUCAAUACGACACUAGCACAGAAAAAUAAUGUGAAAUGCUGGAAAUUACCUACUCAUACUUUAAAUGUGAAACAUUAUUCUACAGAUAAUAUUACUGUUGGAAAAAUAGAUAAGAAACUGUUGUCAUUCAAAUGUAAAGUUUGUGAAACGAGAGUGACCAAAUUCAUAUCGAAGAUUAGUUAUGAAAAAGGCGUUGUGAUUGUUCGUUGUCACGGAUGUAAUAAUAAUCAUCUCAUUGCAGACAAUUUGAAUUGGUUCAGUGAUUUAAAUGGACUCAGAAAUAUUGAAGAGAUAUUAGCUGCCAAAGGAGAAUCGGUAAAUCGGCUUCCUUCGGAAGAUUUAGAAUUUAUUGAGAAAACUAUAAGUGAGGAAUCCAACUGAAUAUAAUAAUUGCUUUAAGUGUUUUCAACAUUCAUAAAAUUUGUAUAUAAAAAAUUUAUUUACAUUUGCUUUUAAUAAAAUAUUCAUUAAGUUUGAAGGAAUGAUUUUUAUUACAAACAAUUUCAUUAAAAAAAAUUCAAAUAUCAAAUUUUAUUAAAUUCUUGGAAAAAAUUAAAUAUGAACAACACAACCAACACCACAAAUAAUUUAGAAUUGUAUAUUAGUAACUGUAAAUAAGAAUGAGGCUAAUAUAUGUUAAUCACUCUUAUUAAAUAGUUUGAAAUUGCAUUAAUUAAUUAAGAUUUAUGAUUUUAGGCUAGCAAGUUUUAAAAUCAGUCUGCAGGAUUUCUCAGCUCUUUAAGUUGUCCAGUUUACCAAAA